AUGCCACCAGGGUUUGUCUACCGCGUGAAUGGUACCUCCGACAGCGCAAACGUUGAGGUGGAUUUCUUCAUAGAUCUGAUGUGCCCAGAUUCAAAAGCCGCUUGGCCCGUGUUAACGACAGUGGCGGCAUCUUACGGUUCCCUUCUAAGGCUGAAUGUGCAUUCGUUUCCAUUGCCGUACCAUAGGGUAACAUGGCUAAGUAAUAAGGGAUCAUUUCUCCAACCCGGAGUACCUCCUUCAAACACACCAAAAUCUCAUACAACUGUCAACUGGUUUUGCUUCAAAUGGAUCGCCAAGAUAUUUGAGGUUCAAGAAAAAUUCUAUAAUGAGCCUAGUUUUAUGAAAUCAGAUUCUGAAAUAAUCGGUGAGUUGUCACAGGUGGCGGCAUCUUUAGGAGUGAGUGCCGAUUGGGUCACUAGAUCUCUACACUCGGACGAUACCCUAGAAAACAACGCACGUGUUGCUUGGAAGUAUGGCUGUUCACGUGGAGUUGCCGGGACGCCUACAUUCUUUGUCAAUGGAGUGUUUGUCGAUGCUGCUAGUUGGGACGAAGGGAAAUGGCAUAGCUUCAUCGAUGAACUCUUAAAACUUUGAAUAACAGCACAAAGAGCUUAUAUAUUUGUCCGUUUUGCAUUGUACUCCGGGCAGUUACCUUUGAAUCUUGUUAUACAGUAUGCGUGUAUCGUAUAGACUC